CUAGACCUCUGUGAGAAUCUGACCUGCAAGCCCGAUGUAUUCCGUUUGGAAGCACUAUCGUCAUCUUUCGCGCCACACGUGCUAGUAGAUCGCACCAUGCUCUCCGAGCUGAACGUCCUACAAAGGGCAUCGGUCAUAACCCUUCACGACCUCACAUUCGUGGAAUUUGGCGAUCAAGGCCAGCCGCUAUCGCCCCCACUGCUCCCGAAGCCUACUACCUUGUGGCCCAGCGCAAAGACCCUACGUCUAAGAAACAUGGAUCCUAUGCCUGUCGUGGCGCUUUGUCCGAAUCUAGCGUCUCUACACCUUGCGGCCGUGAUGCUGUACCACGAUGGUGGAGACUUCUAUCCUGGUGAUGUACACAACCCAUACAGCAUCACCGACAUCCUGGAACCCCAAGUCGCAACGCGCCUGCGUGUCUUCGACGUCUUCGUCGACAACGAGGAGUCCCGACUGACCAAGACGAUCGUCACGACCGGGGAGCUCGUGAGCCUCGCGAAGCGUCCCGAUUCAAGGCUCCGCUAUCUCGACGUGCUGUUGCACGACAACACCACUCUCGCGCGAAAAUGGCUGGACGAGUGCCUCCCGCAGUUCUCCGACUGUGGCAUCCUCUGCGUACGCAUCAGGCUCGUCGAGAGCAUCGGCAACACCAUAACCGAGCAAGAGUGGCAAUCUCUCGAGGCCGAUUCGGACGACUGGGACGCAGAGGGCGAUUGGGAAGAGCUGCGGAACGCCGCUCCCGGGCUCAUCUUGCAGGCAAUUCCGUCCCUCUGCUAUGUUUCCGUGUCGCCCGGUUACAUGAUGGAGGACCGGAACGAACCGGCCUUCGUGGGGCGCACGCAGUGGUGGCGCGUUCCGGACGACAAUUCGGAAACAGGCUCUGAGGAUAGACAAGCUGCGACCAGCCUGGUGAAACUCGACGCGGAAGAGGGCUGGGGAAUUCACGAAUACAUGCGCAGCGAGGCGUUUCGAGAAAGGAACAUGUACUUGAUGCUCUCGUCGCCGACCGUCCACGAUGGCGUCAUGAACGUGCGAGUUAGGCUUUCGUGGGACUUGUGA